CAAACAUUUCAAAAUGGCGAACGGCACUCCAGGGACACCUGGGAUUGACGCAGAAAAGACCCAAAGUAGACGCCCAAAGGACACCAAGUUAAAGCAGCAGCGUCUUCCAGCCUGGCAGCCCAUCUUGACAGCAGGAACAGUCCUACCAGCGUUCUUUGCUAUCGGCAUUGCCUUUAUCCCCCUUGGUGUUAUCCUUCUGGUUACUUCAAAUGAUAUCAGAGAGGCUAGUUAUGACUACACACAGUGUGAGAACAUUGCCUCCCCAGGACAAACAUGCGAUAACUUUCUGUCAAGUCAGAACAUCACUGGACAGACAUGCUCCUGCAGAGUCAACAUGACACUGGAAGAAGAUUUUACUGGCACUGUGUACAUGUACUAUGGACUGGUCAACUACUACCAGAACCACCGUCGUUAUGUACGUUCCCGUGAUGACGGUCAGCUCCAUGGAUACACGAAAGAUGCAUCGUCACUGUUAGAUGAUUGCGCCCCAUACAAGGAGAAAACCAUCAACUCUUCUCUGAAACUGCCAAUUGCACCAUGUGGGGCAAUUGCAAACAGUUUUUUCAAUGAUACGUUUACGAUGACCUACAUGAGUGGAACCUCUAGCACCCCUGUAGGGCUAUUGAAGACCGGCAUUGCUUGGCCUUCAGAUAAAAAUGUCAAGUUUGGAAACCCGGAUUCCUGGGCUGGAUUCACCAAUCCUCCAAACUGGAAUGACAAGAAUGUGUACGACCUUGACCCUUCUGACCCAAACAACAAUGGCUACAAAAAUGAGGAUCUUAUCGUCUGGAUGAGGACUGCUGCCCUUCCGACCUUCCGAAAACUCUACCGCCGAAUUUCACAUUCUGGCACUUUCGCAGAUGGUCUGCCGAAAGGAACAUACCAACUUGACAUCACAUAUGCUUACCCAGUAACUGCAUUUGACGGGACCAAAAGCAUUAUUUUGACGACAACAUCAUGGCUAGGAGGGAAGAAUCCUUUCCUUGGUAUCGCCUACCUGGUUGUGGGCUCCAUUUGUAUACUACUGGGGGUCAUCUUCCUCAUCAUACACCUCAAAUGGGGACGCAAGACCCAGGAGAUGAUUAAUGUGACCAAUCGGACGCCAUUCCAGGACAACUGAUACACUUGUCAUAUACAUUGUAGCGUAUGGCUGAAAUAGGCUCUCGAACAAGUGAUUAAGAGGGGGAGGUAUUUGAGUGUAUCCACUGUUCAACAUCAUGCCAACAAGAGUGUUUAAUGUAAACUUGUUUUGCAAUUACUAUAAAAUGAAUUUGUUUUAACUAUUUAAUCUUUUGAAGUAGAAAAAUACAUAUAUUUAAGGUUCAAUGCUGUCUUUUUGGGAAGAACUUGUAUGAUAAAAAUGUCAUAAAGUACAGUUAUGAUGUCUGUUAAUAAAUCUUAUUCUGAAAAUAGAAAAUUUCAAAAUUUCAAAUUUAAUUUUCAAUGACUCAUUGAAAUGACACAGUAAGGUUUCAACAUGAUGUUGGCAAAUAAAUGGGCAAGACUUAAGGGAUUUUUAUAUAAUAUCUUGUUUUCACUGUGUUAUAACCAAGAUUAGAAUUCCAUUAAUUUAUUAAAGUGUGUUUAUGUACAUUUACAUGCAUUAGGGUUCAAGCUGAAGAGUGAUGGAUAUCAGGAAGUACACCCUUCUGCUUUCAUAGAAUAAAAUGCUUUUAAGAUAACAAGGUAUUGUUAUUGUUCUGAUGAUAACAAUAUUUUGUUUUUGUUUCGAAUAAAACUUAUAAACUGAUUAUAUUAAUAAAUAUAUACAAACUUUACAUAUAUGGCAGUUAAAAACUAGUAUAGCUUCAAAUUAAGACAAAUCCUAACAUUUUCUAUGAAAUUCAUAAUGUUCAAGUUCUUCACAGUCUCCUGCAGUAUGAGCUUUUUCCCCACUAAGCACCCUGUCCAUCUUCUACAGUGCUCUGCCUGAUAAAGACUGGCCAAAACCCUACAUUCAUUUAUUUUAACAUGUACUGUCAUUCACCUGUAAGUCUAGUAAUUGAUAUUUUUCUAAUUUUCUAAUUUCUUAAGCUAUUGUCUUAAAUAGAUGUAUGUACAUUUUUUGACUUUAUUUAUCGACAUACUGCAUAUCAAAUUAAAUAAAAUAUUUAUAUUUUUCUCAAUAUUCAAAAUUCACACAUGAAAUAUAAUUAAGAUGGUAAAUAAGGAGUAACACCAUUUAUACAGAAAACUUAGUUUUUAAACAUUUUAAGCACGAACCAUCCUCUGUAACCGCCUGCCUAAUGCCAAGGAUUGGCAGGACCAAUUGUUAUUGUUUUUAUUGAUACUUAGAUUUAUUGUAGUGGUAUUUAUGUGAAACUGCAUAUUGUGCUUUACGUUUACUACUGAUCUGUGACUGUGCGAGUGUUUUAAGCUGUGUUUAAAUACUGUAGGGUCAUUGUAAGAAGGUAUCAAGCAACAUUAAGAUAAAUAGGUUCUGGUACCUUCUGAUAAUAACCCCCAUGAAUUAUCCUGUAUAAGCAGUGCAAUAAACUGAUGCAUUGAGUGAACUACAUGUAUGUUUGUACAUAGUUUAAACAAAAGGUCUUUCUGUAGUUUAAAUGAUGUUCCCUUUUUCAUUAUUAUACAUGUAUGUUUCUGCAGAUUUUGUAAAGGAUAAUCAUAUAACUAUUUAAAAUCAUCAUGUAUGUUAAACAUUUCAUGUAAUGAACAAAAUUAGUAUGUGAACUAAACAUAAUUAUUAGUGACUUCAGAAACCUUCUACCAUAGGUGACUGAUUUUCAACCAGCAAAAUUAAAAGAGAGGUGUUAUUGUUUAGUUUGAAGUCUAUGCUCUAGAAUAUAUGAUUCUUUAUAAAGACGUGUUUUAUUUUAGAUCCAUUCCAUAAGUAUUGUGUUUGUCGGUUUGAUUGAACUGAUAGUCUGUCGAGUUGUUCUGAUGAUUAAGAGUUUACCUGAUCUAUUUUUAAUAGUUUUACAUGUAUCUGUGCUGUAUGUUUGUGAAUGAUUUUUAAACAUUUUAACAAGGAAUACAAAUGAAACAUGUUGUUUUAUUUAAACUUUAGGCAAGAGUGUCUGGUUCAUCUUUUUGCAAUACCUUCUCAUUAUUAACUGCUUAGUAAAGAUCAGUUUAAGAGCUUGUUGCUGAUUUUUCAUUGGACACUGGAUAUAAUUAUUGUCAUUUUAAGUUUUUUUCACCAUAUUAAAAUAAAAAAAUACAUGCAUUGUGUUGUCUUUCAUUUUUAAGAAAGUUGUGAUUUUAAUGAAUGGUUAACUUUAAGGUUUGAGAGAUAUAAAAAUAUGGAAACAUUUAUCUGAUUAGAAAACUUAUUCAGUCAUGAAUGAUAAGAUCAUAUUUGUACCUUAAUAUGUUCAUUAUAUCCAUGUUGAUAUUAUGUGUUAAAUCUUAUACUAAAAACUUUAUUUCUAGUCUGCUGUAUGAAUGUUUAUUGGUUUUAUAAUAAAAUGUUAUUUAAGUCACUCAG